CAAAAGAGAAAGUAACUCUGUGUUGCUGCUGGGGAUCAAUGAAGCUGAGUGAAUGGGGGCGCACUGCGCGAGCGCAUAGCUGGAGCGGGCGCCAGAUGGUGGAGGGCUACGCUUAUUGAUGAAACACUUGAGUUCUUCUUGAAUUGCCAGUUUUCAGCCUCCUCAUGCCUCCAUCUCCUUUAGACGACAGGGUAGUAGUGACACUGUCUAGGCCUGUCCGACCUCAGGAUCUCAACCUUUGUUUAGACUCUAGCUACCUUGGCUCUGCCACCCCAGGCAGCGGUAGCCACCCUCCCGUCUUUGCCACCGCCGCUGUGACCCUCAAGGCUGCGAAUCUGACGUAUAUGCCCUCAUCCAGCGGCUCUGCCCGCUCCCUGAAUUGUGGAUGCAGCAGUACUAGCUGCUGCACUGUGGCAACCUACGACAAGGAUCACCAAGCCCAGACUCAAGCUAUUGCCGCAGGCACUGCCACCACCGCCGUAGGAACCUCGACCACCUGCCCUGCUAACCAGAUGGUCAACAGCAAUGAGAACACAGGCUCUGUAAGUCCAUCGGGUGGGGUGGGUAGCCCUGUGUCAGGGACUCCCAAGCAGCUGGCCAGCAUCAAGAUCAUCUACCCCAGUGACCUGGCGAAGAAGAUGGCCAAGUGCGGCAGGAGUCACCUGUCCAGCCAGGGUCCUGUCAUCAUUGACUGCAGGCCUUUCAUGGAGUACAACAAGAGUCAUAUCCAAGGAGCUGUCCACAUCAAUUGUGCCGAUAAGAUCAGCCGGCGGAGGCUGCAGCAGGGCAAGAUCACUGUCUUAGACUUGAUUUCCUGUAGGGAAGGCAAAGACUCUUUCAAGAGGAUCUUUUCCAAAGAAAUUAUUGUUUAUGACGAGAAUACCAAUGAGCCGAGCCGAGUGAUGCCGUCCCAGCCGCUUCACAUAGUCCUCGAGUCCCUGAAGAGAGAAGGCAAAGAACCCGUGGUGUUGAAAGGGGGACUCAGUAGUUUUAAGCAGAACCAUGAGAACCUCUGUGACAACUCCCUCCAGCUCCAAGAGUGCCGGGAGGUGGGGGGCGGCGCCUCGGCGGCCUCGAGCAUGCUACCUCAGUCUGUCCCCACCACCCCUGACAUCGAGAACGCAGAGCUGACGCCCAUCCUGCCCUUCCUGUUCCUUGGCAAUGAGCAGGAUGCUCAGGACCUAGACACCAUGCAGAGGCUCAACAUUGGUUACGUCAUCAACGUCACCACUCACCUUCCCCUCUACCACUAUGAGAAAGGCCUCUUCAACUACAAGCGGCUGCCGGCCACUGAUAGCAACAAGCAGAACCUGCGGCAGUACUUUGAAGAGGCGUUUGAAUUCAUUGAGGAAGCCCAUCAGUGUGGAAAGGGCCUUCUCAUCCACUGCCAGGCCGGCGUGUCCCGCUCGGCCACCAUCGUCAUCGCCUACUUGAUGAAGCACACGCGGAUGACCAUGACUGACGCUUACAAGUUCGUCAAAGGCAAACGACCAAUUAUCUCCCCGAACCUCAACUUCAUGGGGCAGUUGCUGGAAUUUGAGGAAGACCUAAACAAUGGCGUGACACCACGGAUCCUGACACCAAAGCUCAUGGGCAUGGAGACGGUUGUGUGACAGCAGGCAGGACGGAAAGGGCCUUGGCUCUGUGAGACAACGGACAGGAGUGAAGGGGCAGGGUCUGGCUUGGGUUUUGUUUUCUGUUUUUCUUUUCUGUUUUUAUUUUCUUUCUUUUUAACUUGGGAGAAUGUUUGUGGAAGGCAACAGACCUGUCUAAAGACUAUUUUUAAUAAGUGUGAGGAGAUUAGAACUUCUGAUGCCAUUGAGAGCCACUUCUCUUCGUCUGUUUUUACAAGGAGGUUAAAAAGGUCAUUUUUUUUUAAGCCAACAAAUAAAAAGCUUCUGAAACUGUU